UUUGUAGGCCAUGAACCCGGACUUGUGCAGCUGGUGAAUUACUACAGGGGAGCAGACAAGCUGUGCCGCAAAGCAUCUCUGGUGAAGCUAAUCAAGACAAGCCCUGAACUAUCGGAGUCCUGCACAUGGUUCCCUGAGUCGUAUGUGAUUUAUCCAACAAACUUGAAGACCCCCGUGGCUCCAGCACAGAAUGGAAUUCGCCAUCUCAUAAGCAACACAAGGACAGAUGAGCGGGAAGUCUUCUUGGCAGCUUACAACAGGCGGCGAGAAGGCAAAGAAGGCAAUGUGUGGAUCGCCAAGUCCUCAGCUGGUGCUAAAGGGGAAGGGAUCCUGAUUUCUUCAGAGGCUGCAGAGCUCCUGGACUUCAUCGAUGAGCAGGGACAAGUGCAUGUGAUUCAGAAAUACCUGGAGAAACCUCUACUUUUAGAGCCAGGGCAUCGCAAGUUUGACAUCAGGAGCUGGGUUCUCGUGGAUCAUCAAUAUAAUAUCUACCUCUACAGAGAGGGUGUCCUGCGGACCUCUUCCGAACCAUAUAACAGUGCUAAUUUCCAGGACAAAACCUGCCACUUGACCAAUCACUGCAUUCAGAAGGAAUAUUCCAAAAACUACGGGCGGUAUGAGGAAGGGAAUGAAAUGUUCUUCGAGGAGUUCAACCAGUAUCUGAUGGAUGCCCUGAACACAACACUUGAGAAUAGCAUCUUACUGCAAAUCAAACACAUAAUAAGAAGCUGCCUUAUGUGUAUAGAGCCUGCAAUCAGCACGAAGCAUCUUCACUACCAGAGCUUCCAGCUCUUUGGCUUUGACUUCAUGGUGGAUGAGGAGCUGAAGGUCUGGCUGAUAGAAGUCAAUGGGGCCCCAGCGUGUGCCCAGAGGCUGUACACAGAGCUCUGCCAAGGAAUUGUGGAUGUAGCCAUUUCUAGCGUUUUCCCCCUCAAUGACACCGGGCAGAAGACGAGCCAGCCAUCAUCGAUCUUUAUCAAGCUGUGAUGACAACAGGAAUGACUAUGCUGUGCACAGGGACAGACUGCACCCAUCGGGUCAGCACAGUUCGGUGGCUUAUCUCAGUAUCAUGCCAAAAAGUGAUAGAGACAGUCUUGUUAUUUUCUGGGAAAUCAUGGGGAAAAACAACAAAACGGGCAUCCACACAGAGCUGCGAUGAGCCAGAGCUGCUCAGAUAAUUCUGCCUGCAUUCACCAAAAUCCACUUUAGAAACAGCUCGUGUGACUGAUACCUGAAACAAAUCUCUCUGGGAGAACAACAAAAUAACCUUAAAAUGAAACCCUGACAGGGAUACU